AUACAAGCAGGUGACAAUAGUCAGCCCCGCCCCCAUCAGGGGAUUAAUCAGUAAUGAGCGCAGCAGCUGGAGGGCUAAGGACCUGUCAGUGCAGGGGGCGGGGCCGAUACCCGGGGCAACCAAUCAGGUGGGUGCUUGCUGGUGACAGUAUGGGAUCGCAGUGCGGUGAUCUGAGGGUGACAGGCAGCAGGCGGCAUUCCUUGGAGUAGACUUUUACCUCAGGACAUAAUGGCUAAACUGGACUCCUUCAUCAGUUUUGAGAACCUGCGGGAGCUGAGGCGACUGUGUCACUGGGGGCCCCUCAUCGCCCUCGGGGUCAUUAUAAUCUGCUCCAUUGUUGCUAUCUUGGACUCGAUCCUCUGGUAUUGGCCCCUGGAUUCUCCGGGCGCGAGUGUUAAUUUUCUCACUCUAAUUAACUGGACUGUAAUGAUUCUUUAUAAUUACUUCAAUGCAAUGUUCAUCGGCCCUGGGGUUGUUCCACUGGGAUGGAAACCGGAAAAUGCUCAGGACGGCAGGUUUCUUCAAUAUUGCAAGGUGUGCGAGGGGUACAAGGUGCCGCGCUCCCACCACUGCCGCAAGUGCAACAGAUGUGUGAUGAAGAUGGAUCAUCACUGCCCGUGGAUCAACAACUGCUGUGGCCACCGCAAUCACUCCUCCUUUACGCUGUUCCUGCUGCUGGCGCCGCUCGGUUGCAUCCAUGCUUCCUACAUCUUCAUCAUGACGAUGUACACACAGCUUUACAACAGGAUCUCUUUUGGGUGGAAUUCUGUGAAGAUCGACAUGAGCAUGACACGGCGGGAGCCGGCUCCCAUCAUCCCCUUUGGUAUUUCGGCCUUUGCAGUUACCCUGUUUGCUUUAGGACUGGCCCUGGGGACAACCAUUGCAGUGGGGAUGCUUUUCUGUAUUCAGAUGAAAGUCAUCCUGAGGAAUAAAACCUCCAUUGAAUCGUGGAUCGAAGAGAAGGCCAAGGACAGGAUUCAGUAUUACCAGACGGGCGAAACCUUCAUCUUUCCCUACGACCUGGGCAGCAGGUGGCGAAACUUCCGACAGGUCUUCAACUGGUCAGGCUCACCAGUGGGGGACGGAAUAGAGUGGCAAGUCCGUGAAGGGUGUCAUAGGUACACAUUGACGGUGGAGCAGCUGAAGCAGAAAGCAGACAAGCGUGUGCGCAGUGUGAGGUACAGAGUGGUUGAGGAUUUUAGCGGCGCCUGCUGUCCUGUUACCAAAGGCAUCCGAACCUUCUUCACGACACCGUGCACCGAGGAGCCGCGCAUGAAGCUCCUAAAGGGAGAUCUGGUUUUGGCUACCCGAGGCCUGAAGCACUGGAUGUAUGGAGACAAGAUUUUUGAGGGCUGUCCCCCUACAGAUGGAAUCCGAAUCAGGGGCUGGUUCCCCAGAAGAUGUGUGGUAAAACACGUAUCCGAUACAGGCUCCGACCAGUCAGAUGACGAGAAAAAGACAAGAUAGCAAAAACAGGACACCCCUUAGUAUUCGGCUCUUAUUCUCCUCGUAUACUUAUCACAGAUCUUAAGGGGAAGCGGACCGCAGUUUAGUCCAUACUGACCGGCGCUCCUCACACUAAGGACCACAUUACUUUUCUUACAUCCAUCCAUUGCAUAGUUAUUCUAAAAAACGUAUUAUUAGCAUUAUACAAAUGAUGGUGUUUGGUGCACUGGGGGGUGUCACAAUGUCCCUAAAUGCACCUCCCCACCCUUUUUAUGUAUUUUCAUGAAUCUCCCCUGAAGUGAUAUAGCUGAAUACAGACCUCUGGAAAAUGAAAGAAGCGAUCCGAUUGGUUGCUAUGGGCAACUGGGCAAUUUUUCCUCUGCACAGGUUUUGAUAAAUCUCCCCCAAAUUCUCAGCACUCUAUUAAAGGGGAACUCCGCCCCUAGACAUCUUAUCCUCUAUCCAAAGGAUAAG